AUGAAGCUCCUGUCCCUCCUCUUCGUACUUUCCACCGCUUGGGCAGCCGCCGUCCCAAUCAAUUCCAAUGCGCCGGCUCUUGCUGCCCUCGACCGGCCAGCCUACCGGGACAACUCGACUCUGGGGCUCACCAAGCGAGCCGAGCCGCCGGCGGACCCCCCACCACUGGAAGGCCCAGAUGACGCACCUAUCCGCGUAGAGUUACUAGAGACCCGCAUAGCCGACUACAACCACUGGUGCCCACCCGUCAACUACGACGGAUCCGAUGCUGGUCAAGUUAACCCGGCGGGUAACCCUUGGACUGGUCAGAUGAACAACCCUGGACGACGCACGACCCUCGAGACCCUUCAGAAGACACCCUCCUCCGGCUGGUAG